CAAACGCUUUUUGUUUAUUCAAAACGUUACAAUUUUGAGUUAUUUUGAAAAUACUUGCUUUACAAACAAUCCUGAAAAAUUAAUUUCUUUCAUCACAGACAGCGUUGCAAUUAAUGUUCUUUUCCGUUUUGAAAGACCUGCGAUUUAGGUCAUCAUGGGACGCGUUAUCCGCGCCCAGCGUAAGGGAAGGGGGUCAAUUUUCACGGCCCAUACCAAGCACAGGAAGGGUGCCCCUAAGCUGCGUAGUUUGGACUAUGCUGAACGUCAUGGCUACAUCAAGGGAGUGGUCAAGGAGCUGAUCCACGACCCUGGCCGCGGCGCGCCGCUGGCCGUCGUCCACUUCCGCGACCCGUACCGCUACAAGACGCGCAAGGAGCUGCUGCUGGCCGCCGAGGGCAUGCACACGGGCAUGUUCAUCUACUGCGGCGUCAAGGCGGCGCUGCAGAUCGGCAACGUGCUGCCCGUCGGCCGCAUGCCCGAGGGCACCAUCAUCUGCAACCUGGAGGAGAAGUCUGGCGACCGCGGCCGGCUCGCCAGGACAUCCGGCAACUACGCCACGGUUGUGUCGCACAACCCGGACACGAAGAAGACGCGCAUCAAGCUGCCGUCCGGCUCCAAGAAGGUGAUCCCGUCGGCCAACCGCGCCAUGGUCGGCAUCAUCGCCGGCGGCGGUCGUACCGACAAGCCCAUCAUGAAGGCCGGCCGUGCCUUCCACAAGUACCGCGCCAAGCGCAACGCCUGGCCCACCGUGCGUGGUGUGUGCAUGAACCCCGUCGAGCACCCCCACGGAGGAGGAAACCACCAGCAUAUCGGCAAGGCGUCCACCAUCGCGCGUGGCAAGUCGCCCGGAAAGAAGGUCGGUCUCAUCGCAGCCCGGCGGACCGGUCGUAUCCGCGGAGGAAAGAAACUGGUCAAGGACUCCGACUAAACCAAACAUCAUUGACUCGAGAAUAUACGCUCCGUGGAAA